UUGCAAAAUUUAUUAAUGCAAAAAAGUAGUAGUGCUUAACGUCUGUCUUAUUUAAUGUAUAUUGUGUUUUAAUAAACAUGUUCCGUGUGUCUAUUUAUGUAGUGCUGAUCCUGCACAUUGUUCUCGUAACACAAAUUAGUUUGAGAGUGGCGGCCUUCUCACUGCGCCAAAAUGAUUUAACCAGUGAAAAUAAUGAAUCUGGAAGAACGCAUGUGCACACGACGCCUGCUUCUAAGCCGUUAUUACCGCCAGAGGAUGGUGGCAUGUCUCAUCACGAUAUGCCGCCAAUUAGUGGUCUGCUUAGGAAAUGUGCUCCUUGUCCGGAUACUGUGUUGUGUGUACCACAAAUUCAAUGUCCAGCCCAUGUGCGGAUGCAUGACCAUGAGAAACCGCAAAUUUGUGAUUUACCCGGCGAUAAGUUUGGGUAUUGCUGUACCUCUGGCCAAAAUCACACAGUCUCCAAUCAGAACAAGGCACGUCGUUCGACCUUGCCGUUAAUUCUGCCAGUCGACGUGCUGGAGGAGGCUCGUAAGAACUUUAAGCAUCUCAUGCAGGACAUUGCACAAAUUCCAGUGCAUCCUGGACAACCAGAUUUUACGCAUGGCAUUAUGUUUCAUUCAACGCCGCAGGAAGAUUUGCAUCAGCAACAGCUAAGCAAUAAUGCAUUGCAACAAGUGAUAACCAGUCAAGUGUUUAGCAAGAAGGAACAUGUACCUGUGGAUGAUUUUAUAACCAAUAAUGUUCAUGUCAAGUUUACGAAGACGCCACUGGGUCGGCAUUGUGGUCCGCCUCCAAUUUGUCGCAAUAUAAACGAUACCUAUCGCAGUUUCGACGGCACCUGUAACAACCCGCUGCCUCAUCGUUCGCUUUGGGGCGCCGCUGGCCAGCCAAUGGAACGUUUGCUCCCACCUGCUUAUGAAGAUGGCAUUUGGAUGCCACGCAUGCAUUCGACAGAUGGCUCUCAUUUGGUCAGCGCUCGUGAGGUGUCGCGUGCUCUUUUGUCGGACAUUGAUCGGCCACAUUCCAAAUACAAUUUGCUUUUGAUGCAAUUUGGUCAAUUAUUGGCGCAUGACAUCUCGCAAACGGCUUCAGUGCGGCUGGAGAAUGGCGAACUGGUCCAGUGCUGCACACCUGGCGGCUUAAGCCACUUGCCACCGCAUCAAACCCACUUUGCCUGUAUGCCCAUUUCAGUGUCGCCCGACGAUGAGUUCUACGGCUCGUUUGGCGUCCGUUGCUUAAAUUUCGUUCGCUUGGGCCUAGUGCCCAGUCCUGAUUGUCAGUUGAGUUACGGCAAGCAGCGGAGUAAGGUUACACACUUUGUGGACGCCUCACCCGUUUAUGGUUCAAAUGAGCAAAUGGCGCAAAGCUUGCGCACCUUUCAUGGUGGUCGGCUGAGCAUGUUUGAUGACUUUGGAAGGCAACUGUUGCCGCUGACAAGGGAUAGGAAGGCUUGUGAUAGUGAUGAGCCGGGCAAAACGUGCUUUAAGUCUGGCGAUGGUCGCACCAAUCAAAUCGUGUCGCUUAUUACGCUUCACAUACUUCUAGCGCGGGAGCACAAUCGUGUGGCAGAUGCGUUGGCGAUACUUAAUCCUUCAGCCAGCGAUGAGUGGCUUUUCCAGGAGGCGCGGCGCAUUGUUAUUGCCGAAAUGCAGCACAUUACCUACAAUGAGUAUUUGCCAGCGAUUAUUGGACCUAUGGCCAUGAAGCGUUUCCGUUUGGUGCCGCAACAUCAUGGCUAUGCUCAGGGCUAUAAUAUUGAUAUUAAUCCGGCUAUAACGAACGAGUUCUCUGGAGCAGCCUUUCGCAUGGGCCACUCCACAGUCGACGGCAAAUUUCGUAUACAUCGGUCACAAAAGUCCAAUAUCGAUGAGGUCAUUAAUAUACCGGACGUUAUGUUUAAUCCUUCGCGCAUGCGAAAGCAGGAAUUCUAUGACGAUAUGCUCCGAACAUUGUACACACAGCCCAUGCAAUCUGUGGACAGUUUUAUUACACAAGGGCUCAGUCGUUUUCUGUUCCAUGGCCACAGUCCAUUUGGCUUGGAUUUGGCUGCGAUUAAUAUACAACGUGGUCGUGAUCAAGGCCUACGAAGCUAUAACGAUUAUCUGGAGGUGAUGGGACAGCGGAAGUUGCAGAGUUUUGGGCAGCUCCCUAGUGAGGUUGGCGCCAAACUGGCUCGCGUUUAUCAUACGACUGACGAUAUUGACCUGUGGGUUGGUGGCUUACUCGAGAAACCUGUCGAGAAUGGUUGUGUGGGCAACACAUUUGCCGAAAUCAUAGCCGAUCAGUUCGCUCGCUUCAAACAGGGCGAUCGUUACUUCUAUGAAUAUAAUAGCACAGUCAAUCCCGGCGCAUUUAAUCUCACCCAAUUGCAUGAGUUGCGAAAGGUGACUAUGGCGCGAUUGGUAUGCGACAAUGCCGAUCAUCUAACCUUAAAUUCAGUGCCUUUGGCGGCCUUUGUGCGCCCCGAUUUUGCUGGCAAUUCAAUGAUACGUUGCGAUGAUCCGAACCUGCCUGUCGUGAAUUUGAAUGCCUGGCGUGUUUAAAUAAUAUUUUAUACAAUAUACUAUAUAGUAGUUUUAUUAUACUUUUUCCUUUUUUUUCAAUUCAGUUUUAAUUAAUGAUUGUUA